ACUGCUUCAAAUCUGUCCUCGCAAAUACCAAACACUUAAAGCCUCCAUGUUGGACAGGGAACACAGAUUAAAAUCCUGUGUUGAAAGGGAUAUUUAAUGAAGCUGGAUACCCUUCAUGCUAAAUCUCAGAUAUAACUGGACUGCAAACAAAGCUUCCUAAACGGACAUUAUUUAUUCAUUCUGACUAACAGUCUUGUAGCUAGCCAACCUGCUAGCUUGGUAGAUAGAUCGCUGUAGCUAAUAGUUUAUCGUACAUAGAUUAGCGAGCUAGCCAUCGGAUAUUUGAGGAUCUGUUUUUGUCCAAGAGGUGUCUUUUGCUUACUUUAAUUUAUUUUACACUUUGUUUAUUUAUUUAACGGUAUGCGUUACACCUCACUUAUGCUGCGUACUGACGGAUUAAAAUCGAGUCAAACGCUGCCGUUGCAGUGGUGUUUCGUGAACUAGCUACACAGGAAAGCUAACGUUAAUAGCUAGCUAACAGUGCGAGUGUUAGCUGCUAAUAGCUGUCUGGCUAGCUAGCUGGCUAGCUGCCAUUAACACCAACCACUACCGUUAGCUAGGAGACCACAGCUACUCAAAACUGUUUAUUUCUGCGGGACUAGCACGUCAUCUCGCUUACAGCUCACACUGAAAAGAAUAAGAAAACCACGAAGGAUUGACCUCCUGUUUCCAUGGACAACACGUCCAUAAUUACGCAGGUUACCAACCCAAAGGAGGAGGAGAUAUUAUCGUCAACUCAAGAGAAGGUCUCGCUGUCCAGCAGCAGCUUAAAGAAACAGAGGAGCCGGAGCAUCUUCAGCUCGCUCUUCUGCUGCUUCAGGAGCUACGAUGGGGAACCGCCGGCCACCAACAACAACACCAGCGCUCUGCCCCCCCCUCUGGAGGAGAACGGAGCGCCACCCAAGUGUGACCAGGUUGAGGUCAUCUCUAUCCCCAGUCCUUCAGCGAAAUACCUCCUCUCUGAGCUCAACAUAAACGACUAUGGCAAGAAGUGUGUAGUGAUCGACCUGGACGAGACUCUGGUGCACAGCUCAUUUAAGCCCAUCAGCAAUGCUGACUUCAUCGUUCCGGUGGAGAUCGAUGGCACUGUUCAUCAGGUGUACGUGCUGAAGAGACCUUACGUUGACGAGUUCCUGCAGAAGAUGGGGGAGCUGUUUGAGUGUGUCCUCUUUACAGCCAGUCUAGCCAAGUACGCUGACCCUGUGGCAGACCUGCUGGACCAGUGGGGUGUGUUCGACGCACGGCUCUUCCGGGAGUCCUGUGUGUUCCACCGGGGCAACUACGUCAAAGACCUCAGCCGCCUGGGUAGAGAGCUCAGAAACGUCAUCAUUCUGGAUAACUCGCCAGCAUCCUACAUUUUCCAUCCCGAAAAUGCGGUGCCAGUGCAGUCGUGGUUUGACGACAUGACCGACACGGAGCUGCUGGACCUGCUGCCUUUCUUUGAGGGACUCAGUAAGGAGGAGGACGUGUACGGCGUCCUGGAGAACUUGAGGGGCAGGUAGCCAGGCUUCAAGCCGGUUCCAGCAGAGACCACCGUGCCCCUCCACGGGCCGGCCCAGAGGGUCUCCCGCUGAACAGCACCGCUACCGCCAUCUGCUGUCUGACUACCGUCUGGUGUGUGUGUGUGUGUACUCCCCCCAACCCCCCCUUACAGAUGGACACGGUCACUGUGGUCCUUAUGGCAGCGGUACGUCUGCAGUAACACCUGUCUGCAGCUCUUAUUUUGAAAACUGGGCAACACACACACCGACACACAAACAGACUUGUUUUUUUUUAUGAAAAUGAGAUUUUCUUAUUUUCUUAAGUGCUCAUUAAUAACCAAAAAACCAACAAAGAAACACACACAAAAAAAAAAAAAAAAUACGACGACAACAACCUGUUCCUUCUCUGGGAAAAGAGGAAGUCCUGAGUCUGAGCGGGACCUUGUAUUGUUGCUAUGCAGUCUCCAGUGGUUUUUAAAGGACUGUGGGGCAGAAUUUCUUUUAUUAUCAAAGCAAGUGCCUUUUUUGAUUGUCCUUUUUACGGUAGUAAAAAAUACAUUUUUGUACAUGGCAUAUUUACAGAGAACUCUAAUCUUUUAAAUGAAACGAUAUGCUUUAAAAUGGCGAUAGGUCAGGAUCUUUCUAUUCACACAACACUGUUAAUUGAAGCCCAAGAUUUUUACCGUCUGAAACAUUGGAAAACAAAGCUGUAUGUUCUCCAUCCUAUUCUAGGUUUCUCUUUUUGUUUGCGCUAGCUCUAGCCAUUUAUAUAGAGGUGGAUUUACUGUUGAUUAUCAUAGGAUUGUGUCUGUUCUUAUUAGCAGGUGCGAGGGAAUUCAUUUGCAUUUGUGAUGUUUUAUUGUGGCUGUUUUCAACAUCUUUUAAAAGGGAAAAACAGCCAAGUGGAGUUUGAGGGGCCGAAGGUGAGAUGCGCUGUGCCAAUGGCUGGUAUUCCAGCUGAUGCUUUCUCAGGCGGAUACCUCCACAUUUAACAAAGGCUCGAUUUGGGAAUGGAUCACCUGUAGGUCAGAUGUGUAAUCCCACAUCUGUAGGUGGAAAGCUUCAGCUGGCGUUCACUGGCCAAGUUUCCGGGGAACGCAAUAUCCAAAUUGUUUCUUAAUCAAGAUCUCAUGUUAUGUAUAUUUUUGUAGAAUUGAAUUUAAGUAUUUUUGACGUUUUGUAGACGGUUUCAAAGCCUUUUGGGGAAAAAUGGCCUACAUGCUUUUAUGCUUUACAGUGCACCGUUUGAGAGCCCAAUGUAGAGUUUGAACACUAAGAGGUGACUAUCACAACUCAGUGCACAACUACAAAUGUGUCCCUUUCAUUUCUCAUAUCAUCCUGUAUUCAAUGUUUUUACUGUUUAGUUUUGCUUUCUUUCUUUAAAUUAUUAUUUUUUUUUUUAUUUUUUUAUUUUUUUUUUAAGCAUCUUCUUUGAGCCUACAGUGUAUUGAGCCAAUCAGAUUUAUUUCCUGUUUUUAAUCCCCUCCCAGUGCUGCUAUUGUACAGUACUCUACAUGCGGCCCCGUGGUGGGCUCCAGCGCAGUAUAGCGCGGGCCCCCUCGGCGGCCAUGUUGAUCAGUAUCAGUCCAGACCACGUGGGAUCUCCAGGCCCGUGGCGGACGAUAAAGGCUGGGUUAGUAGGGAGGGCCUGGCUGAGUGUAGUUCAGCUUGGCUUUCCUCAGCAGCUUCACUGCGGCCCCAUGUGGUCUGGCCUGAGCGCUGGGCAGGCUCUCCCCCUACCAUAGUGCCUCAAAGGAGAGGAGCAAGGGCCUGUGUGCUGGGUCUGCUGGAAGUCACAGGCAGCAAGUUCUCUUGUCUCCCCUUCCCCUCGUUCUGGUUCUCUCUUGCUCUCGUUCUCGCUAUCACUUAGUCCCCUGAGUUUUCCAUGUUGCUGCUGGCUGUCUCACUUCACUGGACGUCUUGCUGUGUUUUUUUUCCUUUCCCUCUUUGUCUACCUCCUCUUCUUUUUAUCUGUUCCGACAUGCAAGAGAGGAUGGAGUUCCCCACUGUUGUGCUAGAUUGGAAUGUUGCGUACCCAAUCCUUUCCUGCUGCUGUUGUUGAUGCCUCUGUUUUCCUUUGGUACAGACUUCUCUCCUGUGGCCAGGAGCCUGAUGUAGAGCUGCUCUCCUGUUCUCUCUGAUGCCCAUGAGCAAUCAGUAGAGGCAGUAGGACUACGACCCCAGUGUCAGCCAGGCCCCUCUCUCUCUCUCUCUCUCUCUCUCUAAGUGGCUCUCUUCCGCCAGAUUAUUGCAAGCACUUUGUUUGGUGUCUAGUUCCAUGUCACUUAUUUAUAUUUGUUUGGAAGUUCAGCUGUUCUUCACACGCAGGUUUUCUCUCUGUGCAGGGACUUUUAAGCCACAGUAUUUAUUUCCUGUGUCCUCAAAAUGGUGAUGUUUUUUCUUUUUCUUUUUUUUUUUAAAGCUUUCUUUAUGUACUUAAGGGGUGUUCACAUGCAUUCUGGGUAUUCCCUUCAUGGCAUGUGCCUGUGGAGCAGUCAACAGAGGGAACGUCGGAGUGCUGUUUGUGACUGUGUGGAAAGGGAUGAUCUGUGCAGUGUUUGAAGUAUGUUUUUAUGGUGAAAUGAUUCAUGGUUUGCGGCAAAGUUUUCUUCCAAACUAUGACGUGUUAUAUUAAAGCACCUUUUUAUGACAAACUUAAAAAAAAAAAAAUCAGUUCUCUUUAAUUCUCUCACUGUCUCAUUCUGUCUCAAUGAACAUCUGGGUCAGCACUUUUACAUGCUUGCAUAUCGCACAGAAUGCAUACAGAUGCAUUGUUUGUAUUGGUAAUGUCUCAAGGUUAUUACUCAGUAU